AACAUCAGAGAAAUAUUGCUCCCAAUAUAAAUUCAUCUAUUAGACAGCUUGGCUGAGAUCUGUAGUUUCACCGUAUUCUAAUGCAGUGAUUUGUAUUCUUGGAUAUCAGGGAUUUGCAGGAGACACACACAACAAAAGUCACAUCUUUUAGGUGCUGAUCACAGUUAUAAGAUCUGUUAUAUCAUGGAAACUCAACCCUUCCAUCGUCGAGGAAAAGGAGAGAGGUUGCAAAAGGAGGAUAUCUCCGGUACAAAAUUCAGCCUUGGGGCUCGGGCAUUGCAGCAGCUUCAUACUGGAGGAGGUGCCUUAUUAGUGACAGGAUUCGUCCUAGCUGUGCUGGUUGGCUGUUGCUACAGGAUUGCUCUUAAGAAGACAGACAGGAUGAAGAAGAUAGAGCAGUUGGACCUACAGCAGGAUGGGCUGACCAUCGGAAGACAGAACGGAGAGGUGGUCUUCAGGCUGGCCUUCCAAUCAGGUAUCCUUGACCUGGAGUCUUGCUCCAAGGAAGAGAACCUUUUAACCUGUACUGGGACAGACAAAGGGAAGUUUACCUUUAUCUUACAGAUGGUCAAGCCUGAGAAUGUGAUGAUGUGCUAUUACAUCCGCUGGGAAGAGCAUUUGACCAACUCAGUGGUGGAGCACAAAAUGUUCUGGGAGGACGCCCAUUGGUACGGAGGCUAUGAGAUGAGCGAACAGCACUGGCCAAUCAAACUCCCAGGAUACCAGGAACCCAUGCCGUUCGUGACUAGUGAUGUGUAUGCUUUCCGGAACAGCUUUGGGGCCAUCCUGGAGAGGUACUGGCUCUCCUCCAAAGCAGCCGCCAUCAAGAUUAAUGACUCUGUGCCCUUUCACCUAGGGUUCAACGCCACUGAAAGGUCACUUGUUUUCCAAGCCAGGUAUAAAGAUUCUCCCUAUAAGCCUCCUUUGGGUCAGCAACCUUUCCCAGAAUUGAGUUACCACAUCUGUAUAGGUUCAGACAUUACCUCUGUCCACAAAUACAUGGCACGGAGCUAUUUCAAAAAACCUUUGAAGGUCCCUUCAGAAAAUAUGUUCAAAUUUCCAAUCUGGUCGACAUGGGCCAUGUACAAAAAAGAGAUUGACCAGGAAAAGCUUCUGGAAUUUGCCCAAACGAUUCAAAAGUACCAUUUCCAAUACAGCCACAUCGAAAUAGAUGACAUGUACAUGCGGAAUUAUGGAGACUUUGACUUUGACCCCUUAAAGUUCCCUCGGGUGACAGAAAUGUUUGAAAAGCUGAAGAAAGAUGGAUUUGCUGUUACCCUCUGGAUACACCCCUUUAUACAUAAAAAUUCCCCAAACUUCGAGGAGGGGAUAAAGAGGCAGCUUUUGGUCACAGAGCCAAUCGGGCCGUUCCCUGCCAUGGUUGAGUGGUGGAAUGGCAUUGGCGCCAUAUUGGAUUUCACCAACCCUUCAGCCAGGGAAUGGUUUCAGGGGCACUUGAUGCAGCUUUCCUCAAAGUAUGGCAUCUCAUCCUUCAAGUUUGAUGCUGGUGAGACGUGCUACCUUCCUGAUUCGUUCAGAACCUUCCAGCCAUUGCUGGAUCCCAGCAUCUGGUCCAGGCUUUAUGCAGACAUGGCCACUCCUUUUUAUGAGCUUGCAGAAAUCCGUGUUGGGUACCGAUCUCAAGAGAUCCCUUGUUUUGUUCGAAUUAUUGACCGGGACUCAAUUUGGGGCCACGAGCUUGGACUAAAGUCCUUAAUACCCACUGCUUUGACCAUUGGCCUUUUGGGCUAUCCUUUCAUACUCCCCGAUAUGAUUGGUGGAAAUUUUCUUGCUAACAAGACAGAAGGUGCAGAAGAUAUCCCAAACCAGGAGCUAUACAUUCGCUGGCUGGAAUUAUCAGCCUUUAUGCCAUCCAUGCAGUUCUCCAUCCCACCUUGGCUUUAUGACAGAAGAGCAAUAGACAUUGCACAGAAGUUCACGAGGCUGCGUGAAACUCUAGUUGCUCCCCUCUUGUUGGAGUCGGCUGGCAAGGUCCCAGAAACUGGGGACCCCAUCAUACGCCCCAUCUGGUGGAUUUCACCCAGUGACGAGUCUGCACACCAAAUAGAUUCCCAGUUUCUCAUUGGGGACACCUUGAUGGUGGCUCCCAUCUUGGAGAUGGGCAAACGAGAGCGAGACAUUUAUAUCCCAGCUGGCAAAUGGCGCAGCCACAAAGGGGAGCUGUUUGAAAAAACUCCCACCCUGGCGGCAGACUAUCCCGUCGAUUUGGACGAAGUAGCGUAUUUCUUCUUUGUUUCCUCAGUAGCCUCAGGGACAGGUAAAGGACUGGGCGACCUCAUCUCUGACUCCUUGGGAUGACUUUGAUUUAAUCAGUUUAUCUUUAGAGGAACACAUCUUUCGGCACAGAGCAAUUUUUUUAAUGGUAAUUAACGCUUGCUACUGUCCUCACCUGGCUUUUAGUUCUGCUGAACCUGCCUCGUUUACAAUCUUUUUAUCUCACUCGUCCAUGACGGUGAAAGGGCGUUAUCUCCAUGCUGCAGAUGGGGAACCGAAGACUAGGUUAAGUAACUGACCUAUGUGAGCAUGGAGAGAAGAUUCAUUUCAAUA